AUGCAGUCACAAUCCCAUGAAAUGACCCUCCACCUAGUGGGAAUGGGUGUCACCCACUCUAUCGCCUAUAGCAUGCACAACUAUAUUGCGAAAUCCCUCGGUCUCCCAUGGACAUUCCACUCAACUGAAUGCCCCACGAUCGAUGACCUGCUCAAGCUUGCAAGGGCACCGACCGCAGCCGGCUUGGUAGUGACCAUGCCAUACAAGAACUCGAUCAUGAAACAUGUUGACGAGUUGGAUGAACUGUCUACCAUGAUCGGAGCCUGCAAUAAUGUCUAUUACAAGAGUGGUACCCCACGGCUCAUGUGUGGCACCAACACAGACUGGCGUGGGAUCAAGGGUUGUCUUUUAGAAAAAGGCAAUGAGAACGAGAGGCCAUCGGUGACUUCACUUGCCACGGCCUUGAUUGUGGGAGCUGGAGGUGCGAGCCGUGCAGCUGUCUAUGCCCUUUCAAUACAUUUGCAUUGCCCAACGAUCUAUGUCUUAAAUCGCGACGACCAGGAAGUUGCCAAUCUUAUUCACGACACGCAAAAGAUGACCCGGGUCCCGACGAUCAUCCACGUGAAAGCACUCGAGCAGGCAAAGAAGCUACCCAGCCCAUACUACAUUGUUGGAACAGUGCCGGAUUGUGAGCCACAGACUGAGACGGAGCUCACAGUAGCUAAUAUUCUCGAGUCGUUCCUGUCGCGGCCGGAGAAGGGUGUUCUGUUGGACAUGUGUUUCAAACCACGAAGAACAAGGAUGAUCAAGCUGGGGGAGAAACUGGAAUGGCCUUGUGUGGAGGGGACGCAUGUUAUCGGGUAUCAAAUUGAGGAGCAGUGGCGUUUGUGGGCUGGGGAGGAAUAUAUCCUGAAACUGGACCGGGAAGGUGCAUGGGAUGUCUUGCUCAAGGCAGCCGAAGAGAGCAAAGGAAUCAACUUCUAG